CUUGCUUGGUAUCUUUAGUCAUAAUUUGUAUCCCGGGAAUGUUGGAAUUCAUUUGGCUUUUCCAACAUGUGCUUGCUGAUGUUUGUCUUUGGAAAUGGAGGAAGAGAUCAUUGGAAGCUUUAUUUAUUGCAGCGCUUGAAGUUCCCUGUUAGUGGCUUUCCACUGCCAUGUUCAGCAGGCAAAAAGUUCUCUUUGUAUAUGAGCUACCAGCACCAGACACGCAGCAACUGGAGCACUGAACAUCAGAGACUGGGCUGAUGUUUUUGUUAGAACACAAGGAAACAUGAUAGUGCCUCUGUACUAUCUAGUUGUACUGGGAAACUCAGCUGCUGAUUGUGUUCUGGGGCUCCUGCCAAUCCCUCCCAUGAAAGAAAUUAUUUCAGGACUAACAGCUUCUGCCUUCUGACAGAUACCAAGAGUUGCCAGCAGUUGCUCCAGGUGCUCCUGCCAACAUCCCUGUGGCAAGGAGCACAGCCCCCAGUGCAUGUGGGCUUUGGCUCCCUCUGGCACAGAAGCACCCCAGGGUACAGGUCACUGGGGCAGGAGCCGGGCACCAGCGCUGCCAGGGCUCGGCGGGUGGCAGGUCUGCUUGGGCAGGGACUCUGCCACACCUGCUGAUUUCAGUGCUCACAGGGCCCAGGGGUCAAAGCAGCAUCUGUGCCCUUGCCCACACGUUCCUUGUCUGUGUCACAGCCGCGGGUUCAGGACGGCCACCAGGCGGGAUGUGUCCCAAGGAGGCCGAGCCAGCUCCGUGCAAGGCCCCACGCCCUUCCCGCUGCAGCUGCAUCGGCAGCCCUGGGGACUCCUUCUGUUGCCCUGAGCCCACAGAGCAGGGCAGCGUUUGCUGAUGGUUUGAGCCUUUCCUAAAUUCCUGUCGGGCUGUCUUAGACACUUGGGGUGAGGGAUUCCUUCCAACCUGGGUCACUUUGGCUGGGCUGGGAGCAGCCCCAGGGCUGGUGGCAGUGUGUGCAAGGGCCGUUAGUGACACGGUGCAGCAUGGUCACCAUGGCAUGGAACAGGUCAGGGUGUCAACGGACCCUUUGUGACAUGUGGUGAUAUAGAACCUGGCGGUGACACGGCCACGCCACAGUGCUCGGAGCACGCGACGGGACAGGACGGGACAGAGCGGUGCCGUGAGGAGCCCCCGCACAGCGCACUCGAUCCUGCCUGACCCGGAGCUUUUCUGAGUGUCACUCCUGCAGCUGACUUUGCAGCCAGACUGCGGGACUGUCUGCCUCACAGCUUUCUGGAGGAAUCUCUCUAGAAGGUGACCUAGAGGCCAGACUCCAGCAUGGCAGGCAGAUUUCUCAGUGUCCUCAGGACCCUCAAACCUCUCAAACUCUUUAGAAGAAUAAUAAGGAGAGGAGCUAGAGUUCACACAGCUCAACAGCCUGAAGAGCCAGAGCCAUCUCAGCCAAUGCAGGAUGGUGCAGCCAUGGACCAGACACAGGAGCAGGAACCCACCGGUGGCCUCUUUCCCAGCACAGCGCAGGAAGAGACCAGCACCAUGGGCGCUGCGUCCAUGGACAAUUGUAACUGCGACACCACCAACACCAGUGCAGCCCUGCUGGAUAGGCCUGAAGAAGAAGGUUUACCCAGUCCAAAGAAAGUGCCUGCCAUGGUGAGCUACAUCCACCACUGCCUCAUGGCCAAUGAGUCUGAUGAGCACAGGCUGGACAGGACCCUGCUGGAUCUCACUGAGGCACAGCCCACUGAUGUGGUGAUGGCUCUCCUGAAUGUGGCCCCAUCGUGUGACAGAGCUGCCGAGACUAUGUGGAAGACCAUCUUGUGCUCGAGCAGGACUGCAGUGUCAGUGCAGCUGAGACUCCUGGAUGUGCUGGAGAACUGGCCAGAGCACAGCACGUGCACCUCCGAUGGGGACACAACGAGAGUCUUUGCCCUGGCUGCAACUGUGGUGAUGUGGAAGAUCCUCCAGGUGCCUGAUAUCCCACAUGUAGUGAUGAAGUCUUUACCCCACGUAUUUGUCCACCUGCUCUUUCAAGUGCUCUUCAGCACUCUGGAUACACCCAUGGAGGUCAAUAAAUUUUGGAAGGAAUGCCAGAAGCAACACGGCCUUGCUGCCAGCCCCAACAGGUUUGCAGUGCAGACCCUGAAGUCCCUGCUCUGCCAAAUGCAGGGUGAGCGUGUGGUGAUGGCAGUGGGGCGCAAGUGUGGCUGGGACACCCUGCUGUGUGCUGACACCCACCACUAUGCCGUGGGUUUGCUGGCCAGGGAGAUGUCCUGUGUCUCUCCACCACUGUGCUCCCGGAUCUUUCGUCACCUUGUCCAGCUUCUCAGCACACAGCAGCCACGCUGGGAUCUGCCUGCCCUGGCAUUCAUUGUGGAGGUCCUCAAGUACCAGAAAUUGAGUGGAAGCAGCGGUAAACUCGUCCUAAAGAUCUUGUCACGGCACCUGCAGAGCGAGUGCAGGGAGAAGCGCUACCUGGCACUCAGGGCCGUCCUCAAGCUCACUGAUCAUCCCUCGCUGGCAAGAAGAAUGUGCAGCCUGUCUGAAAGGCUUGCGAAGCUCUUGUGGGAACCAGACGAGGAGAUAGUUAGCAUGACAGUGAUGGCCCUGAGUUUUAUCGUGGUCGAAAAUGACAAGCUGAUAGCCAGCCCCAUCACCCUGCAGCUGGCUGAGGCGAUCCUGCCACUCUUUGACCACGAUUCUAGCCAGGUGCAGCAGAUGUCCAUACUGCUCUUCCAAGCACUCGUCACUAUUCUUCUGGAAAAAGAAGAAAAGGUGCUGAUGACACAAGUGCAGCAGAGCCUGCUUCCACUCUUCAUCCACUGCCAUGAUAAGAAUUGGCGUGUGGCACAGGCAUCUUGGGAAACGCUGCAUUGUGCAGCCACAUUUCUGGAGAGGACCCAUCUUAAAGAACUGUUGAAGAGGAAGAAGCUGUGGAAGUUUGCCGAGUGCCUGCUGGCAGAGGACAGGAGCCGAGCGGCCGAGCACCUGCGCCAGGCCCUGCCGUACCUGCGGAGCCCACAGGAGCCCCUGCGAGACGCGGCCAUCAGGUUCAUCGGGAUGGCCGGGUGGUGCCUGAGAGGGCAGGAGGAAGAGCUGCAGAUCAUCUGUGAGGCACUUGAAUACAUGGGAGAUGACAGCAGCCCUGCCAGUUACAAACGCUUCCUGCUGAAACAGCGUCCAUACAGGGGCUUCCUACUCCUCAUAUUGAAAGCUGCAAGAUCGAUAACGUGGGGCGUGCAAGAGACGGCAUCAUCUGUGCGGCAGUGCCUGGCUGUGUUGUGGGAGCUCUGCCAAGAGCUGAUCUUGUAGGCUUUGCCUGCUGGGGCCACCUGAAACAGCGAGGCAGCUGGAAUUUUCUUUUCUUUAUGUUUGUUCUCCUUUAUGUUUUACUUAUUAUAGAAAUAUAGGAUGUGUUGCAGUAGACAGAC